CGGUGCGGCCCGCGCCAAGCCCUGUCAGCUCGAGCAGCGCGGGGGCGGCGGCGGCGGAAGCAUGGAGGGUGAGAGCACGUCGGCGGUGCUCUCUGGCUUUGUGCUGGGCGCGCUCGUCUUCCAGCACCUCAACACCGACUCGGACACGGAAGGUUUUCUCCUUGGGGAAGUGAAAGGUGAAGCGAAGAACAACAUAACUGAUUCUCAAAUGGAUGAUUUUGAAGUUAUUUAUACAAUUGACAUUCAGAAGUACGUUUCAUGCUAUCAGCUUUUUAGCUUUUAUAAUUCUUCUGGUGAAGUAAAUGAGCGAGCGCUGAAGAAAAUAUUAUCAAGUGUCAAAAAGGAUGUGGUUGGUUGGUAUAAAUUCCGACGUCAUUCAGACCAGAUCAUGACAUUCAGAGAGAGACUGCUUCACAAAAACUUACAGCAGCAUCUUUCAAGCCAGGAACUUGUUUUUCUGUUAUUAACACCGAGUAUAAUAACAGAAAGCUGCUCUACUCAUCGGCUGGAGCAUGCCUUAUACAAACCUCAGAAAGGGCUUUUUCAUAGGAUACCUUUAGUGGUGGCCAAUUUGGGCAUGUCUGAACAACUGGGUUAUAAAACUGUAUCUGAUUCCUGUAUGUCCACUGGUUUUAGUCGAGCAGUAAAAACACACAGCUCUAAAUUUUUUAAAGAAGAUGGAUCUUUAAAGGAGGUACAUAAGAUAAAUGAACUGUAUGCUUCUUUACAAGAGGAAUUAAAGAGUACAUGCAGUAAAGUAGAACACAGUGAGAGAGCAGUAGAGAAACUACUAAAGGAUAUAAACAGAUUAAAACGAGAAAUUAAAAAAAGAAAGCAAGCACAGAUUCAAGCAACACGAGAGAAGAAUGUCCAGAAAGACCCUCAGGAGAACAUUUUUCUUUGUCAAGCUUUACAGACCUUUUUUCCCGAUUGUGAAUUUCUUCAUUCAUGUGUUAUCUCCUUGAAAAAUAGACAUAUUUCUAAAAGUAGCUGUAAUACCAACCACCAUCUCAAUGUGGUAGACAACCUGACCCUAAUGGUGGAAUAUACUGACAUUCCUGAAGCUAGUCCAGCUGGUAGUGCGCUGCAAAUGAUUAAGCGUAAAGCUUCAGGUACAGAUGGUGGAUGGCAAUUCAAGAAGUCACGGCUGUUAGAGAUACAGAACCAACCAUCUAAAACAGAUUCUGAUAGUAGUAACCAAGAAAAGGCAUCCACAGUGAGCAGCCCAGAAACAGAUGAAGAGAUUGAGAAGAUGAACGGUUCUGGUGAAUACCCACAGUCUCCUACCUUUUGAUUCUUUUAGGCCGAAAGGAGAUUUUUCAUCAGAAGAAGGGUAAAGCCAAACAUGCCUAUUGUUUUUACUAUGUUCAGCUCUUUGCAAUAACACAUAGGUAAGUUCUAGUUCAUUUAUUUUAUAAAGUACUUUAAAUUGAGUCAGUUCAGAAUUUGAGUACAGAACAAAGCCUGGUAAUGCAAUGUUUGGGAUCAGCAGUUGGUUAGUUAGGUGAAAAGGCCAGUUAAGUGGGACUCAAAUGAUACAUAAAUAAGGUGUCUAUCAGAGAUUUCACUUUAACAUAAAGCAGAAGUGUACAUUCGUCAAACUUUUGUUGCAGGGCCAGGAACUUUUUUACGAAUGUGUUGGAGUUCCUAUAUAAAUCAAACCCGUUACUUACCCUAUAUAAUCCCCAAUUUUAGUUUCUUUAAAGAAAUUUGCAAAGCAACCUAAGUACAAAAUGCUACUAGGUUUUUUCAUUUUCCAUUCCCAAUCUUAUUUGUCCUAAGCACACCUAAUUUGACAACUAUUUUUUUUAAAAAGCUAGUUAUCUUUAUCAAGUCUUCUCAGAGCCUUUACUUGGUUUUCACUGCAACUGAAACUUUAUUUUUAAUGCUCAUAUUCAUCACUACAAAAUACAACUGAUAAGGUCUGGGAACAAAAUAGAUGACUCUUGGUAAUGUAGAACUCAACAGGUUAAGAGUCAUGGGCUUCCGUGUGAUUUUUAAGGAGGAUGUAAAGCCCCUGUUUAAUCCAGUGAGUUGGUUAAGUGGAGGUUGGUUAAGAGAGCUUUUACUGUUUGUUUUUUCUAUUUAUCCUUUCCAUAACAGAAUUUCCCAUAAAGCAUACACAUCACAUGACGCCUUCAUGCUUUACUCACUGGGUGAAAUGCUGAACCCACAUGUUGACCACUGCUCUUCCAUCACUUAUUUCCUAAAUGAUAGAGCAAAUUCAUAGCUAGUAUCAAAAACUAUCAUCUUUUAUCUAUGUGUUAACAUGCAUUAGUUACCAUGGGGUGUUUAUGAAGCCCACAUAAUACCAGGGAUGAUUUGUGCAAAUAAUGAGUUGCUGUUGGGAUUGCUUUACUAGUUACAUAAGAAGCACAGGGCAGGAGAGGAAAUGGGGUUCAUUCUGAACCCUAAUGUUAAAAUAAUUAAGUUUGAUGUCCCAACUUUCAGGGUACUAAAUGAAAAGGAGGAAAAGAAUCCUUGUAGGACAUUUUUUCUCAGUUAUUCUCCAUCUUUUGGCGAUCAGUUUGUAUCACUGGAGUAAGAGAAGAUGAUACAACAGAUUGCCUAUGGAUCGGUUUAUUUACAGGACACUACCAGUUCAUGAUAGACUAGUCCAGGAGUAAGUGUUAGGUCCUGUGACAGACAGCACCACUGUUCAUCCCCACAUAACAUCUCUACAGAGGGAAGACCCAUAGUCCUAGCCAGGCAUAAUUAUUUACGUGUUAGAAAAUCUUCCUUAGCAAUUUCAAAUCCACACCCUAUCAUGUGGAAUUUGUACAUUAUAUAAGCAUUCCACUUUCCCGCACCCAUAUCCCUACAAUACUAUUUACAACACAGAAUCUGGGCCUAAAGUAAAAUCCCAAUACACGUCAUCCCUUCCAUGUUUAACA